CUAGGAAUUAGCGCUCAGAAAGAUUUUGGUCGCAUCGGCGGAUGACUUAUAGUAGAUAAUCAGUAUGUCAGAUGUUGUUGUACGCACAAAUGAACUGUCAAGCUUUUGGCCUCUCUUACUGGAUUACGAUCGGCGCGAAUGCCUACAAAUCCUACGUCGUUUAGAACUUGAGGCUUACAGUAAGAUUGUUGCAGUUUUGAGGGCGCAAGGACCUUUGACAGAAGAGAAGAAAAAACUGUUGUGCAAGUUGCAACGUCUGCUGAGUAUAUCCAUUGAUCGACAUAAAGCAGAAGUUCGAAGAGCCCUCAAUGAUGAAGAGCUAGCGACUAUUUCAGAAGCUGUAUGCGGAAAGGAGGUAGAUGAAGAGUGGAUUUUAGAAGGCAAACGAAUUUCCCCAAUUUUUCAACGUCCGAGCCCUGAAACCAUCUUUUUAUCCCAAGCCAACAAAGCUUCAUUUGAACAGCUAGUGCGUAAUUCUAGAUUACCACGUCCAGCUGAAACAGCACUACCAGAGAACCUAAUGAAACUGAUAAAGCUUAGUGAGAAAAGUGAAGUUAAGCAAGCAGUUGACAAGAAAUCUACUCCAGUAACAAAUGAAUCUGUAAUCGAAGUUUUAACUAGUACGUCUGCAGUUGAAAUCUCUACUGACAAGCAGACAGAUAUAGCAAAAGAGAAGGAAAACAAUGAUAUGCAUGUGAUGAAAUUGGAUAGUUUGGAUAAAUUCUCAGAAAAAUGUUCUCCGACUAAAUCCCAGAAUCCUCUUGUUAAAUCCUUAUUGAAACCGAAAGUUCCAACACAGCUGCCAUCAAAGGAUGUUACAUGUUCAUUUGACAAAAAUUCAGUUAAUACAUCACAAAAUAUGGGAGUCAGUACAUUGGAGGAAGAGAGUCGUCGAGAAAACACUUCUUCAUCAAGCAGCAGCUCUGCAGAAUCAAAGAAUCAAGUUUUAACAAAUAAACCGUCAUUGCCAGUAGUAGUUACGCGUGAAUCUUCAGGAGUUACCAUUUUGAAAUCGGAAAGUACUCUUGCUAACUGUACAAAUGAUAUGCCGAAUAAAGCUAUGCGGGUUAGUAGUAGUAUGCAUGAGCUCACUUCACUGAAUGACAUAACUGUGAGAAGUUUAAACGAGGCGCAAAUUUCGACAACCAAUGUUACCUAUACUAUCGCAGAACCUCGUAUCGUUCAGCCGGUUAUCAGUCAAAUUAAUCGAAUCCCUCUAACGAGUAUACCGACUGGAAAAGUUUUUAAUGCAUCCAACUAUACUCUGCAUAGUACAAACACCUCUGCUCAUGCACCUCAACAGUUUGUGUUACAAAUGCAUCGAACUCCGGAUGUUAUAUUGGAUCCCAAUCAACAAUUUUUAAAUGCUCAACGUAGUUCUGUCAUCAAUUCAAACAAUCAAAUGUUUGUAUGUGAACAUCCAACAGCCACAGUGACACGUUUAUCUUCUAGUCAAUCGAAUAAUUUCACUAAUAAAUUACAUCAACCUGUUAGACCAACUUUGGAUAAUUUAAUUGCAAUUUCACGUCAUCAUCAAACAUCAUUAACUCCAAGCGUGCUAAGCGUUCAAAGUUUACAUGGAACGUCAUUACAACGUUUUAGAGCUUCACAGUCUUCAGUUAUCUCUACCAGCGAAGCUUUAAGGCCAUUAUCCCAGGUUCACGGUUCUAAAGUAAUCAGGGCUGCAAUACCUGGCAGUAAUGUUGGAGCAACUUACUCAUCCAAUCUGUAUUACAGUCCUAUGAUCAACAUUGCAACAGAUGCUGUACCCGUUAAUGACCAAACAAAUCGCACUUCAGUUCUUCAACAGAAUGCACUAGUUCCGUCUAGUUCAGUAGUUCAAUUUCCAUCCUCCGGAAACAAUGUUAUCGUUCUACAGAAAGGUUAUGCUUGUAAAACUUUCACGCCUACUUCAUCGAUACGCAUUGGUCAAAAUAUACCUGUGAAUACACAGACAGCUGUAUCUGGAACUUUCUCAACUAAUUCAGUUGCAUUUCCUGGUCGUCAAUUUCGAAUUAUCGGAUUACCGAAUGCGACAUCUGCUGUUUGUACUGCAAGUACUGUUGAAACUCAAGUAUAUGCUCAAGAAUCGCAUUCAUCAAUUCAAAACAAUUCUGCUGCUACUAGUGUUACUCUAUCAAAUCAACUGCCUCAAAUUCCACGUGUCGGAGCAAUCGUAGAAGUUGAUCUGGAUUCAGAUACUUACAAUGAGCAGAACAAUUAUAUGGAUCGAAAUACUGUUAGUAACAAUAAUAAUAAUAAUAAAAUCAUUCCCAAGACAACGUUAUCAUCGUCGGACUUACAGAAAAUAACACCUGUCCAUAGACCAGUAGUGUCUACUUCAAAUGAAACUCCAGCGAAUAAUAACAGUAACAAUAAUCGAAGUGGGGUACAUGAUACAUCUGGAUUCUGUACACAAACUUCGAAUGAUGUUACUCAAUUGAAUAUAGCCAGUGUAAAUAAAGUGGAUAGAUUGCCAGCAUAUAGUAGUGAGGAUAAAGGAAAACAGACAAUAGAAGCUACUUCCACUGAUUCAUCACAUCAAUGCGUUGAGCUAAAUUCUUCGUGGAAUCAUACUCGCAGCAACAAUCCCACUGAUGAAUCCUAUCCGGCUAAUACUACUACUCCAAAUGUAUUUAACAUCAAUCCCCCAAGUCCUAAACGAUCACGUUUCGAAUUGUCAGCAGCAUCAGUUGAAAGUUCGCAUUAAUAAUGAUAAUAAUAAUAAUAACAAUAGAUGGGUGGAUGAUGUGUAAAAUCUAACUUUGAACAAGUGUCAUUACUAUUAUCAUUUCUUAUUACUACUAUUAGUCUAUAUGUCUUCUUUUCAAACUUUCUUUUGAUUGCUUAUUUUAUUAUUAUUUUUUUCUAUCUAUCGAUAUGUACUUAUUUAUCUGAGGGAUUUAUCCGGCAAGUUAGUGUUUAUGCCUCAAGGUGUAUUUAUGCGUUUAAACUCCUUUGUUCUUUUUCUCUCUCUCUCUCUCUCUCUCAGUCUCUCUUUAGCUUGCAGCUUACUUACUCACUCAUUCACUCGCUCAACGAGAAGUCAGCAUACUUCAUUUAUCUUUUAAAUCCUUUCUUGAAGUAUCAUUAUAAUUUAUUCAUUGUAUUAUAUUAAUAUUGAACAGUACCCAUACCCCAUUUCUUGUAUCAUACAGUGAGAUAUCCUUAUAAAUUUAAGUAUUAUUAUAUACUCUCAUAUUUAUAUGUAUUUGUAUGUGUGUAGUGUUUCACAUACUCCCUAUAGUGUAUACGACAUUAACACAUGCAAGAUUGUGUUAAUGGUUACAUAUUAUAUUUGAUUAAAGAGGUUAUCAUUUUGUCCAGCCUCUAAGUUAUAGUCUCUCUGACUGUCAAACCAAUCUCUCUUAUUCUGUCUUGUCAUAUAUCCAUAAAUUAUUUUACACUCAUACAGUUGUACUUAUUUGUAAACUGUUUUACACAGUGUAUUGUUCAUAUCUUUUGUUUUUCCAACAUUGAUUAUAUACACACAUAUAUACAUAUAUCUCAUCUAUCUGAUGUAUUACUCGAUUGAUUGUAUUGUACAUAGAUUGUAUUGUAUUAAUCUACUCUAUUGUACACGCUGUAUUACGAAGAGAUAAGCUUUGAAUUGCAUUCAUUAUUCAUUCACAUUAAUCUUAAUCAUUAUUUAUUCUAUUCAUUAUAUACGUACGAUGAUGAUGAUGAAUACGGGCUGCAUCAUUUUUGUGUCGUCAUUGUUGUUACAACUAGUGUUCCCAUUGUUUCAUCUUUUUCUUUUUAUCCGUCAGGUCUUGUAUUUAUUCCUCUGCAAAACCAUAGUUGUUAUAUUGUCUAAGCUAAAAAUAAAGGCUUAAUAAGGAGAGUGACAAUUCAGUAGGUAAGAGAUAUCAAAGGAACUAGCCGGUUUUGCUUGGUGGUAUAGUAGGCAAACAGUACUGACUGUGUUUUCGAUUAAGACAUUGAAAGUAUAUAUAUAUAUAUAUCUGUUUCCUUUUUUCCACUCUAUUUUUGAGCACUGGCUUUGUUGCUAAGGUGUUUUUUAAGUCCCACCACCACCUCCUCCACAUUGUCUCUUUACUGUCAAUAAUAUGAGUUGUUAAGUAUUCAGUGGAUACCGUUAAACUUAUUUCUUAUUGGUUUGAAGAAAUCCCCUCCUCCUCUUUUCCAUCGAUAUUGUUGCUUUGCUCAUUUAGGUCUCUACUCUUUCUUUUCUUCCGAUUGUUGUGACUUGUGAGUAGCCAGCAUAUUGGCAUUGAUGAGUUCCCCUCCUACUACAACUGCUACGACUACUACUACUACUGCUACUACGACUUCUAGCAAGAGGUUAAAGUUUAUCAGAACAGCAGUGUUGACUAAUCUCUUUUAAUAUAUAAUAUUUUCUAACAUUUCUUUUUUUAAAUUAUUACUAUUAUUACUAUUAUCGAAGUUGUUCAACACAUAUCUUAACUGUUUUCUUCAUUGAGUGUAUAAGUUUAAUAGAGAGUAAAUUUUUAAGUUACAUUUUUGUAUCACAUUUUAUUUGUUUGUUUGUUUUCUCUUUUGGUUGAGUGAUUGCAUGCUAUUUCCAUU